UGUGUACACAUUCAUGAGACCUAAGCAAGAACCCAUUUCCACAGCAGAUCCUGGUGCCCAAAUACGCCAUUGUCGUUCAUAAUCAUCACUUUAAUCCGUUUACACCUACCAGCUCCACUAAUUUAUCUCAUCGUUUCUUCCCCAAAUCCUCACUCGCAAGAAGCUUUCGACUUUCACCAGAUACCUUCAAAAGCUUAUGAUCUACCAAAAGCUAAUGGAGCAACCACAUACGUUAAUGAGAAAAACAAAUGGUCCAAUUGCUAUACUCUGGGAUAUGGAGAACUGUCCAGUACCCAGCGACAUACGCCCAGAAGAUGUGGCUGGAAAUAUUAGAAUGGCUUUGCGGGUUCACCCCGUACUCGAGGGAGCCGUUAAUAUGUUCUCUGCAUAUGGAGAUUUUAACGGCUUUCCUCGGCGGCUAAGAGAAGGCUGCCAAAGGACUGGGGUCAAACUCAUAGAUGUACCAAAUGGGCGAAAAGAUGCUGCUGAUAAAGCAAUAUUGGUCGAUAUGUUUCUCUUUGCUCUUGAUAAUCCUCCACCAUCUUCCAUCAUGCUGAUUUCCGGCGAUGUUGACUUUUCUUCGGCGCUUCAUGUACUUGGUCAACGUGGAUACACUGUUAUUCUCGUGAUUCCAUCUGGGGUUGGUGUUUCUUCUGCUUUGAGUAAUGCUGGAAGUUAUGUUUGGGACUGGCCUAGUGUGGUUCGUGGAGAAGGCUUUGUGCCACCUUCAAGAUCUCGUGCUAUCGCUUCAUCUGAUGUUGCUGGGCUUUUGAUGGGACCCCAGAUCGGUGACAAUUCAGAUUCUAAAAAUGAAGAAGAAGCAAUUGUAUAUAGAGGUAUCUCAAUGGUAUCUGAAUUCAACACUUCAUUGGUUUCAACAUCGAAAUCAUACAGCCUUCCAUCUGAUUUAAAUGAUGUGAUGUGGGUUCAGCCCGGAGAUUUGAUUGGUUUAAAGGGUCAACUAGUGAAGCUUCUGGAACUAUCCGGUGGGAGUUUACCACUUGGGCGUCUUCCUGCUGAGUACCAGAAGUUUUUUGGAAGACCCCUUUACGUUUCAGAGUAUGGAACUUUGAAACUAGUGAAUCUAUUGAAAAAGAUGAGCGAUGCGAUAUCUAUUGAAGGCAAAGGCCAGAAGAAACUGGUGUAUCUCAAGAAAUGCAUGAUGGAGGACACCAUAAAGCAUGAGAGGAAAGGGAAAGCCACCCGAGAAGAGAAUAUGGGUGUUGGUUCUUCAGACGAGUUCUCAGAUGAUGAAAGAGUAGUUGUUGAAGAGCGAGAUGAUAGGAGCAAUGAAAACCUCAUCCAGUUCAGGUAUGAGCUGCAGGAGCUACUUGUGAGCUAUUCUUGUCGGAUUUUCUUGGGUUGUUUCGAGGCAAUUUAUCAACAACGCUAUAAAAGACCACUAAAUUAUCAAAGAUUCGGUGUUGAUAAGCUUGAGGAGCUGUUUGAAAUGGUGAAUGAGGUCGUAAUAUUGCAUGAGGAACCGCUUAGUAAGAUGAAGUUUCUGGUGGCUGCUGGUCUCUAAAUACGGUUGCCAAAUGAUUAGCCAUGACUCCCAUGAGCCUGAGCCAAUGAACCAUCAUCGUGGAUGCCAUCAAGGUAUCAAAGUUGCAUGCAUGUACAGUUAUUCGAAUCAAAAUCAAAAUCGCUAGCUUCUAACCUUUCAACAAGACUCGAAAGUACAACUUUUCAGUCACUGUUUUGUGUCUCGAUGGUUGGCUUGGAAAAGGCAGACCAUGUGGUGUUUUCCCAUGAGAACGUCCGUAGUGCAUGUUUGGUUCAUGGGAUUUGUGGACCAGUUUUGUAACCCUCUUGGCUGGUGUUGAUUGUUGAAAUGGUUAUGGGUUUGAAGUAGAAUUAUGGGCCUGCAGAUGCUGCUGUGUUUGAGGUCAAUGUUUGUUACUACCACAUGUUGUUUUAGUAUAUAUGUGGUUGUAAACCUUAUAUGCAUAUAUAUGUUCACCUUGCUUCAUAACUUGGGUUUUCAAGUUAUUCUAUUUCUAUUUUGAUCUUAAAUCAAAUUGAAAUCUAGUUUGAGCACACAAAAAUGAGAUCCACAAUGAACAGAAAAACACAUCAAUUAUAGCCAAGGACACGGUGACCUGAGCCAAUUGGCCAAACUUUAGAAGCAUGGCUUAAGCUGUUGGGUUGGGACCAAGUCAUGGUUGGGAGUUGGGGGCUGUUUACCCCAACGCUUACCUGGUAAGAGUCUAGCACUCUCACUUAUCUUAAUAGUCCAUGAAGACGGCAUCGUAUGCAACAAUUUACUCGGUA